AUGACUUUACCGUUGGUAAUUCUUCUAUUUUAUACAGGACAAACGAAAUGCGCAAAACCACAAAGUGUCAACCUAGCACUGGAAACUGUGCUUGAAUUCAACAAUGAAUCAGAUAUAACCUUUGUGGACACAGUCCAAGAUUUCUUAAACAAGGUCAAAUCUACGCUACAAGAAUCGUUUCGAAGCAAUAGAGACAGAGGUUCCAGAAGUUUCCAUAAAAUAAAUAUAGAAUCACUACCUAAGAGUGAGGACAAAAAAGGUUAUAGAAGGUUUGCUAAACUAUCAGAAGUAAAUGAAAAACAUAGCAACACUAUAAAUAAACAAUCGAAAGAAUUGUAUCUUCAAAAAACUACAUACGAAACCAAUAUACAAAGUAAAACAUCACAUCACAAAAGUGCACUCCAAGAAGAAACCAGAAGGUUUGGUAUGCUAUCUUUUACAGAUUUCAUCGAAGACAGUGUAAAUGUACUCAAAACGUAUAAUGAUUUGGAUCUAACAUAUUUUAUGGAAUUACUCGACACAGAAAUAAACAACGACGAUUAUAAAAAUUGCGAAAUACAUGUAGAAGACUUCGGUCUGAGACGAUAUAUAUCUAAUAAGAUUUCAAAUGCUAGAGACACUCCAAUAAAGCACAUAAGACAAGGCCUAAGCAACAUUGUUAAUGAUCUAAGAAAUAACGACAAAAUGGGUAUUUUAUAUUCAUUCUUAAACUCUUUAGUAAAAAGACACACGCAACAGCGUUUCAAGAGUAUCCUAAAUCAUUUACAGCUGUACAGACGUCGGCAAAUGAAUCCGAUAAACAAUUUACGCUCGAUAGUACGGGAUAGCAUUCGAUCGAUAAUUACCGAUUAUAUUUGCAAUUUGAAUGAUGCGAAUCGGCGAAAGAUAAGAAGUAUUCUAAAAAUGAUUUUAGAGGAAGAUUCCAAUUCAAAAAAAUUAAAUAAAUAUCUUAGUAAACAGAACAGUAUCUUGAGAAGAGAAGAGAAGAAAAGGCCACAUGAAAAAGAAAACAAAAAAAGUAAAUUAGAUGAUGAGUCAACUAUAACAUCUAGCGAAGAAGAAAUGGCUAGUUUUGAGCAAAAAGAAAAAAUUAAAAACGCUAAGCAAAAACAUCAUGGAAGGUAUUCCUAUCAAGAAGCAGGUGAUAAAACCGUAGGGGAAAAGGUAUUCAAGGAAAAGAAGAUAAAGAAACAAAAGAACAAAACUUCGUGGAUAACUAACAAAGAUGAUACAUUAGAUUUGACAUUGAAUUUUGAAAAUUACAAAGAUUCAGAGAUUACUCUCUUUUCUAAAGAAACAAACCUUAAAGCUACGAAAAGAAAAACGACAACUGCAUCGGCAUCUGAAUUCAGUAGAAAACACUCUACAAACACUAACUUUGAAGACGACAGCUCAGUCAAGAAAAAAAGUCAGAGAAAAAUUAAAAGACUUAAACCACCUAAACAUUUAAAAACGUUUGUGACUUUAUAUCCAGAGCGAAUUCAUAUUUAUACAAAAAUGUUUCAAACAGAAAACAAAAAGACUACGAAAGUUAUAAGGAAAGGUUUUACUGUCAAAUCAAUUAACACCGAGAAAGUGAUGAGUGUUGGAGUUAAAUCUACUGAAGUAAAAAAUAACGCAUCAAAUGUUUCGCUUAAAAAAAGAUUUAAGAUCAAGUCUAAUAGAGAAACUACACACAAAAGACACGAAAGUAAAGGAAAAACGCAAAAUCCUGACACAAGUUUUACACAGUCUGUAGUAAACGAAAGCGAGGCUUUGGACCACUACGGUAGCUUAUAUAAGCAGAAGUUGAUAUAUCCGGACGUUAUUUAUCGUAAGAAAAACGGUUAUAGAAAAAGUAAUUUGGAUGAUGUAUUCGAUCCAAGAAACUUAACGAACGACGUCUUUACUGAGGAAUUUCUUGAUAAAGUAUUUAAUCAAUCAGAUCUUAUGGCAUCUGGUGAUGUUAUUACGCCGAGAACUUUUGGUACAUUAGCAUUUUGGAGUGGCACUAAAUCAAGAACAUUAGUCACAGUGUAUCCAAGGAAUUUUACUAAUAUGACCGACAUUAGCAUUGAUAGUUCUAGCAGUACUCAGGCUACAGUGUUUCAAGGGAAUAAUGCAUCGAAUCCAAAAGUAACCGUUUCAAAUACUACAGAAAAUGCGGUACAAAGCAGGAUAGUAAAUCGGUCGCAGAUGGAAAAUACGACUAAAAUUUUAAUAGAUAUACAACAGAUUAACAACACAAACACAGCCAACGCAACAGAGAUUACUAGUUUGAAAAAUUUGGCACCGAAAAGAAUUAAAGAGAUGGAUUUGAGGCGGCUAUUGGGCGACACAAUUGUGGAAGAUAGACACGAGAGUGUAAAGAAAGAGUUAGAUGAAAGAUUUCAAGAGGACCUGAAAAAAAUAUUUCUCACUUCAAAAGCAACAGCAGCAGCGUACGACGACUCAACUAAAGACCCCAUUGACGAGAUCGGAGAAGCUUUUGACAUAAGCUAA